UAUUGUUUUAAUUUAUAAAAAUGCUAGUAAGAAAAUGUUGAGAAUCAUCUGUUAUUACUUAACUUUAUAGUAUGUAUAAAAAAACUUUUUAAUAAAGAUUUAUGAGUAAAUAAUAAUAAAAAAGAUAAGAUGUUCAAAUUUGGAUUCUCAGAAAAAAAUGAUGUUAAAGAAAAUAAUACUAAUAAAGAAAAAUCUGUUCUUACUUGGAUAAAUGCAUCUAGAAUAGAAGUAGCACCAUUUGAUUAUAAUCGAAAUUAUGAACCCGAUGAAUAUUUAGAAACUAAAAUCUUUGAUGAAAUUAAAUUCAAAUUAAUCCGUUCUGACAAAGUAUUAUGCAACUUAAUAGGAAAUAAUUCUGUAAAUAUAAUCGAAGCAGAAUCACAGCAUUCCGAUCUUAUACCUGCAAAAUAUGAAGGUGGUUUGAAGAUAUGGGAAUGUACUUACGAUUUAGUUGAAUAUAUAAUUCAAGAAAAUAUAAAAUUCGAAACUAAGCUGGUGCUAGAUUUAGGUUGCGGUGUUGGAAUUAUUGGAUUAAUAUCACUCUUGAAUGGUGCCCUCGUCCAUUUUCAAGAUUAUAAUGCAGAAGUAAUUACAUCGGUUACUAUACCAAAUGUUUUUUUAAAUUUCAAAGACAAGCAAAAAACAUUGGAGAAGUGUGAAUUUUAUUGUGGAGAUUGGGCAUCAUUUACGAUGCUUUUUGAAAAAGAUAGUAAAAAUGAGGAUCAAAAAUAUGACUUCAUUUUUACCAGUGAAACCAUAUAUAAUCCUGAAAAUCAUAGAAAAUUAUAUGAAGUCUUUAAGAAGAAAUUGAAACCAAAUGGCAUUGGACUCAUAGCUGCAAAGACAUAUUACUUUGGUGUAGGAGGAGGAAUGCGCCAAUUUGAAACUAUUGUAAAGAAGGAUGAACUGUUCAACACUGAAGUGGUUUGGAGGAAUUCAAAAGGUCUACAAAGAGAAAUAUUAAAGCUAUCUUGGAAAUAAAAGGAAUGUAAAUUCAAUCUAAUAAAAUUAAUAACAUUGGAAGAAAAAUUGCAAUGCCAUGUUAUAAUUAUUAAGGUGAUAAUCUUUCAUAAACCCAUCCAUUC